GGGAAAGUUACCAGUUUAAUUCCGGCAGCUCAUUAGCGGCAGAGGACCAGGAAGGGGGCUCUAUGGCAAAGAAGGGCUGUGUGAAUACACGUGAGUGCGCAAGGGACAGAGGUGACCCGGCACAGGGCUUGCCGAGACUCUCAGAAACAGGACUGCAGGCCUGAAUGGCUAGGGAACACAGGACCCCGUCUCAUUCUAUUGGGGCUCUAGUGUCUCCAUGUCCUAUUCUUAGGAAGCUCGAAGCUAGUUCUUGCUUCGGUUACACAGUCAAGGUCUCGGGAGCAGCAGGAAGUCCACACGGCUGCUGGGUGUAAUCGCCCUGGACAGUGCAGUGGCCUCGGCUGUGGUGGCGGGAACGCGGGGAACCUAUUGUGCCAGGGCCGCCACCACGCCCGAGACGGGCUGCGGCUUUCUCUUUCGCUCUCGGAUCCGCCGUUCUCAGUCCUCUCCGGGAUUCAGCGCCCAAGGGCUUGAAAAGGACCGGUUCCCCUCCCAGUAGCCCGGUUCUCGGCCGACGCAGCGCGCAGAUCGGGCAGCCGGGGGAGAUCAGCUCGCGGGCGCUGCACCCUGGCGUGCGGGCCACGGGUCGCGAGCGUUCCCAUUUCCCCCGGACUCCUCGCGUACACUGACGGGCGCGAAAGCGGCCAAGUCUGCCAGCCCAAGCGGCCCCCUGGCUCUCCGCUUCUGCGUGAGGCGAGCCUUAGGUUCCCGAAGGGCAGCACCCGGUGGCGGCCAGCUCCUGCUGGCCUGUCUUGCCCUGCCUCGGCCGCUGCGGCCGCCCGGCACCGCCUCCUUCCCUCCAAACGGUGGCGGCCCGCCCUCGGCACCUGGACGCGCAAACCCGGUGUGCGGGCGGCCGGCGCCGCGGAGACCGCGUGGGGAGGCGGACGCCGCGCCCAGCCUGGUGCCCACAGCAGCGCGGCGGGCCGAGCGCAGCAGCACACAGCCUCAGAGCUCUGAAAUCACCGAAGGGAAGGAAACACAUCCCACUUUAAUUCAGGGAAGAGGCCUUUCCUGGCCAUGUCUUCAACGGCAACUGCUGAGCCAGAAGGGGACCAGCAGGACAGGCAUGUCAGCAAGCUCAUUUUCUUCCUCUUUGUCUUGGGUGCCGUGCUGCUGUGUGUGGGAGUCUUGCUUUCCAUCUUUGGGUACCAGGCCUGCGAAAAUGAAUCCUUCCCAUACUGCAGCAUGGUACUGAAGGUUGCCGGGCCUUCGUGUGCUGUGAUUGGGCUUGGGGCCGUAAUCCUGGCCCGCUCCCGGGCACGACUUCAGUUCCUGGAGGGGCGGAGGCGAGGCGACCAGGCAGACAGCAACCAAGCCUUCCUCUGUGGAGAGAGCCGCCAGUUUGCCCAGUGCCUUAUCUUCGGGUUUCUGUUCUUGACAAGUGGCAUGCUCAUCAGCAUACUGGGCAUUUGGGUGCCUGGAUGUGGCUCAGACUGGCUGCCGGAACCACUGAACGAGACGGAAACUGCCAGCAUGGAGCCCCCCAUCUGUGGGUUCCUUUCUCUGCAGAUCAUGGGACCUUUGAUAGUGCUUGUGGGAUUGUGUUUCUUUGUGGUUGCCCACAUCAAGAAGAGAAACAAUUUGAGUGUGAGCCAGGAUGCCUCUGAAAGUGAAGAGGGACCCUCCCACAGUAUGGAGCCUGUCCAGGUCACCGUAGGUGACUCUGUGAUAAUAUUCCCACCCCCUCCACCACCUUACUUUCCUGAGUCUUCAACUUCUGCAGGAACUCGAAGUCCUGGGGCAAACAGCUUGCUUCCAGCCGAAAGCCCGCCUUCCUAUUACAGCCUUUUUAACGAUGGCAGGACCCCAGCUCCGGAGAGCCAGGGCCCGGCCUCUGAGAGAGCGCAGGAGUUCAUAUACACCAUCUCUGGGACGCCUUCCCGCUGCGGGGUCUCGCCGCCUCUGUCACCCGAGCCACCACCCAGAUAUGAAGAGAAAGAGCACACCCCAGCCACAUGCUCCUCUCCCUCUUCUGAGUCUUCCCCACCCUGAACCGUGAACUCCAGUGCUGUUUUAUAUAUAAUGGAUCACUAUUUUAUUUAAUUUGUUUUUUUAAUAAAAAAAAUAUACAGCA